CUCUCUCUCUCUCUCUCUCUCUCUCUCUCUCUCUCUCUCUCUCUCUCUCGCCAGGAAUAUCAAUCUCAGGCCCUGAGGCCUGGAGAUAGCACAGAGAGAACCAUGGAGAUUGCUUCAGACAAAGCCAAUGAAGCCAAACAGGUCACGAGCAAAAAGGGUGGACUCAAGACCAUGCCCUUCAUCAUAGCAAAUGAGAUAUUGGAGAAGGUUGCUGGGUACGGGCUGCUUCCAAAUAUGAUCUUUUACUUGAUUAGAAAAUAUCACUUCAAUGCUGCUUCGGGUGCAAAUGUCCUCUUUUUGUGGUCGGCCACAUCGAACUUCACGCCCGUCCUAGGCGCUUUUAUUUCCGACUCUUUCUUGGGUCGGUUCCGCACCAUCGGGUUCACAUCGGUCAUCAGCCUUCUUGGCAUGAUCCUGUUGUGGUUGACGGCCCUUCUCCGAGAUGCCAGGCCUCCGCCAUGCGACCCAAGGAGCAAACCAUGCGAAUUCCCAACUUCGGCGCAGCUCCUGUUUCUGUAUUCCUCCUUUUCCAUCAUGUCUAUCGGGGCGGGUGGAAUCAGGUCAUGCUCAAUCGCGUUCGGUGCGGAUCAGAUCGACAAUCCCGAUAACCCCAGGAACGGGCGAAUCUUGCGGACGUUCUUCAACUGGUACUACGCGUCAGUUGGGGUUUCGAUCAUGAUCGCGGUGACUGUCAUAGUCGUCAUCCAGAAUUCGUACGGUUGGGUGAUCGGGUUCGGGGUCCCGGCAGGGCUAAUGUUUAUCUCAGUUGUGAGCUUCUUCUUGGGCUCUUCACUCUAUGUCAAAGUCAAGGCAGACAAGAGCCUGUUCACUGGCCUUGCUCAGACCGCCGUAGCUGCCUGGAAAAAGAGGCACUUGGAGUUGCCCAGCACAGACCAUGAUGCAAUCUAUUACCAUCGCAAGGGCUCGAAAGUAACUACACCAAGCGCGCAACUGAGGUUCCUAAACAAGGCUUGCCUUUUCAACAACCCUGAGAAGGACCUGGACUCUGAUGGAUUGGCCAUUGAUCCGUGGAGACUCUGCACAGUCAAGCAAGUUGAGGUGCUCAAAGCCCUGAUCAGAGUCCUUCCCAUUUGGUCCACCGGCAUUGUGAUCGGCGUCACCAUAAGCCAGAACUCGUUCCCGGCCCUCCAAGCGAAUACCCUGGACCGACGCAUCCUCUUCGGCAUCAGUAUCCCCGCAGCCUCCUUCGGCGUUUUCGGCCUCCUGACCCUCACAUUAUGGAUCGGGAUCUACGACAGGAUCAUCGUCCCCCUAGCCUCGAGGUUGACUAACCGGCCCCAUGGGCUUACCUUCAAGGAGCGGAUGGGGAUCGGGCUCCUCAUCUCCAGUGUGGCCAUGUUCGUGUCGGCUGCAGUGGAGCACAAGCGGCGAACCGAAGCGAUCCGAGAAGGGUUCGCCGAGAACCCGAAUGGAGUCCUGAAGAUGUCGGCGAAGUGGAUCGUCCCGCAGCAUUGCUUGAUUGGGCUAGCGGAGGCAUUCAACGCAAUUGGGCAAAUCAACUUCUACUACUCCAAAUUUCCCAAGAGCAUGGCAAGCAUUGCGGUGGCGCUUCUUACCCUGGGAAUGGCAGUGGGCAACUUGGUGGCGAGUCUGAUCGUGACCAUCCUGGACCACCUGAGCAAGAGCAGCAGGGACGGGACGUGGCUCUCCACGAACGUGAACAAGGGUCACUACGACUACUACUACUGGAUCUUGGGGGGUUUGAGCGUGAUCAAUUUCUUCUACUACCUCGCCUGCGCUUGGGCUUAUGAGGGUGGUGAGGAGCGAAAGGUUUGGGAUGAGGAUGAAUUGGAGGAUGAUCAAAAGAGUCAUCGAGGGUCUCCAAUGAUAAUUCGUGCUUGAUCUUUGCUACUUGUUCGCUACAUAAUGCCGAUGCUUCUUCUAAGUGUGUAACUCGUUGAAUCUCAGUGUCAAUGAUGUAUCGUUUGAU